CAAUCAACAGCUGAUUGUCAGUUUUAUGUUAAUCAUAAGACUUGUCAGUGAAGUGUGCAUAAUUCUGUGUUUGUUUUUUGUUGACAUUCUUUAAGUGGAAGUAGCGAACACUAAUUCCGUUUUAUAUACAAAUCUCAAUUUAAAUCUGAUUUCCUUCAAACAAAUUUAACUAUUUAAGUAUUAUAACCUAGUGAUAGUUUUUGUAAGCUUUGACCAUCUUCAUACUUUACCUCAUUCCGUUCAAACGCAUAUAUACAAUUUUCUAAAAUGUCGCUUUACAAAUUAAGGGUUGCUGGUCUUGAGGACAUUCUACAGCAGGAUGUGAUUGAUCUAACAAUGCUGAGAAAUUUUUGUUUCUAUGGUAUCCCAGAUUGUAAUGGGCUGCGCUCCGUAUGCUGGAAACUACUACUAGGAUAUUUGGGACCUAAACGGGACACAUGGUCGGCUACUCUAGCGAAAAAGCGAGAACUGUACAAGCAAUUUAUUGAGGAAAUGGUGAUUCCCCCAGGAGAACAAAACGGAUCCGGUUGCGUAGAUCAUCCCUUGAGCGAUGGACCAGAAAGUAAUUGGAAUACAUUUUUUAAGGAUAACGAAGUGCUGUUACAGAUUGAUAAGGACGUAAGGCGCUUGUGUCCGGAUAUUUCCUUUUUCCAGCAGGCGACAGAAUUUCCUUGCGAAUCGGUAGUUAGUUACAACCGCGAACGUAAACUCCACGUUCGAGUUGCACCAAGUACACUAAGCUCUGCGAAUGUAGAACGAAAAGGAUUAGGCGUCACUAAGAUAAAUUUAAUAACAAAACGUGCUACUGAAAGCUACGAAGCGAUGGACGAAGGUCGGGAGGCCCAUUGGGAGGUGGUGGAACGAAUACUGUUCCUGUACGCGAAGUUGAAUCCUGGUCAAAGCUAUGUCCAAGGUAUGAACGAAAUUAUCGGACCAAUUUACUAUGUCCUGGCGUCCGACCCGAACGUGGAAUACCGGCAGUAUGCCGAAGCUGACUGUUUUUAUUGCUUUACGGCACUGAUGGGGGAGAUACGAGACUUUUUCAUUAAAACACUAGACGAAUCCGAGGGUGGCAUCAAGCAAAUGAUGACUAGACUUUCCAACAUGCUGAAGGAGAAAGACAUCGACGUGUGGUCCAGACUCAGGGAUCAGGAACUCUAUCCACAAUACUACAGUUUCCGGUGGCUAACGCUGUUGCUCUCACAGGAAUUUCCACUGCCUGAUGUGUUACGAAUUUGGGACUCGGUGUUCGCCGACGAUAAUCGUUAUGAUUUUUUGAUAAAAAUUUGCUGCGCUAUGAUUCUAUUAUUAAGGGAGCAGAUCUUAGAAAACGAUUUUGCGAACAACGUAAAGUUAUUGCAGAAUUUUCCUCCCAUGGACAUAAAAGUUGUUUUGAAAAAAGCCAGCAGUUUGGAGUGAAAAGGUGCUGUUUUGCAUUUGCAGAAAAUCAUGAUCGCCGCACACCGAAAAUAAUGUUUUUGCAUCACCGAAGAUAAGAAACUUGUAACAAUAAUGUCUUUAAAAGAACCACUUCUCUUUAACGUAUUGACAAAUAUACGUGCAUUUUAUUACUUUUGCCUAUAA